GGUAAUGCACAUCAUAACGUUAUUUGCCAACUGCCAAAAAUAAUACAAGAAGAAGAAGAAGAAGAAAUUACCUGGACGUGACAGGAAUUAUCAACAGAUGAGCGAAAGAAACGAAACUCUUCGCAAAGCGGCUCACAUUUUUAUCGUUGUUUUAUAACUGCAAUUCAUUUUACUCGGCUGUAAAGGUUGUUAAAUUAUAAAAAGAAUAAAUGCAUUCUCCUAAAGCCAAAAACACCGGUCGCAGGGAUGGAAGCCCGGUGCUCGGCGGCUCCUUCGAGUUCGCGUCGCUGACAAAGCCGGUCAACCGGUCCUCCCCGCGGCACCUCCUCGAGCGACAGGGCUCCGACCCGACCACCGUCCGCCUUCGGGCCUCGGAGAGCCCCUUACGCCGCCGGGGCUCUGGCUCCUCCACGGGCUCGGCAAGUGGUCAGGGGCCACCUGAGGAGGACGGUAUACGGCUCAACCCGUCUCUUAUCAGCAUUUCCCUCAGCUCCCUGCUCGCCAUCGACCUUUGGCUGUCCAAGCGGCUCAGCGUGUGUGCCUGUGAGGACUCGUCCUGUGGCAGUGUGCGCCCAUUGAUGAAGCUGAUCGAGGUAUCCGGCCAUGGCAUCCCGUGGCUGGCAGGUGCUGCUUACUCUCUGUACAAGAGCGACACAGCUGCAGGACAGGAAGUCAUGCUCAACCUGCUCGUGGGCCUUCUGCUGGACCUCAUCCUGGUCGGCAUAGUUAAAGCAGUGGUGCGUCGACGUCGGCCGGCUCACAACCAAAUGGACAUGUUCGCCACCUUCUCUGUGGACCGCUACUCCUUCCCCUCCGGGCACGCCACCCGAGCCGCUAUGUGUGGACGGUUCCUGCUGGCUCACCUCGUGCUGGCUGCACCGCUGAGGGUCCUGGUCUUGCUAUGGGUGGGCCUGGUGGGGCUAAGCCGUGUGCUGCUGGGCAGGCACAAUGUUACAGAUGUGCUGUUUGGGUUUUGGAUGGGUUACUGCCAGUACAACCUGGUGGAGAUACUGUGGUUCUCUCCUCAAACUCUACAGGGGCUGCUGGGGCACUUAGCUUAAUUUUAAGGACUACAAGAGAAGGAGAGGAGGCGUAAAGGUGUUUACUUUAAGGGCCAAUACACUUUUUUUCUUAUUAUUUUUAUACCCUAAGGGUUUUUGUUUUUCAUGAGAAGAGUUCCACAAAGCACUGCUAUUUUCUGACACACUGUCUGGUUCUUAUUGUUCUUACAAGUUUGCAGUUAGACUGCGUUUACUGAUCCUCAACGUUAUAAAACAUGACCAAUACUGCGCAUCUCCGUCUUACAUCCCAAUAAUAAUAAUAAUUAUAAUCAGACAGGACCUGGGCUGAAUCUUCUGGAGGUCCUCUGUUGUCUUGAACAAUACAGCUGGCUUCUUUUUGGAUAUGAAGUUCAGCUCAUCAAGGUGAAGCUCUAAGAUGAUCAAUCACAUUUAGAUCCUUGGAGCUUGGCAGUUAGGUCCUCUGGGUUUCAGCAACAGUCCUGUCUAAAUAACAUCUGGAUAAAUGCCAGGAUCCAAACAUCUUUGCAGAUCAUUGGAAUAAGACUAUCAGCUUUAAAAACAACGUUGUGGCUGCUUAGCUCGAGGAUUUUAAUCACCAAUGGGACGAGACUCGGUUUAUCACUUUAUUCAAUUCACUAACCGCUUCAUCAGGUCACAGACGAUUACAAAAUUCAUUUUUAGGACCAAGUUUUGAAUAUAUUGAUCUGACUAUAAACCAAAUAUAACACAGAGUAUCUCCAAUUAAUGAAUAACUCAGCCAUGCUUACAUUUUCUAUAAACUCACAUGAUUAUGAUAUUAUUAGUUUUUUUUUCCUUCAGUUAAUGUACUGUUUGUGAACUAUAAUCCAUAAAAUGCACUAAGAAAUAAAAAGGCUGCAUGUUUAGACGUUUUCUACUUGUGAAUAAAGUUGCCUGCAGUGUCACUGCUCUGGUGAACUCACUGUUUUUGAGGGAGAUUUGUAAAUGUGUUUCAAACAUGUGGGUUAGGUGGACCAUAUGAUCAGUUAUGUGUUGCCAGGAGUUCAGUGAUAAUAAUAUCAGCCAUAUGGUGUCCUCCUAGUCCUCCUUCUGCUUCUUCUUCUUAAUCUUCUAAGUGCACAUGAACACCUAUUAACUUCCAUAACUUCUAAUUUUUUAUAAUUUGCUUAUUGCAUUCAGAGUUGGCCAAUUAAAUUCUAUAAUCAAUAAUGGUAAGAUAUUUUGAUAAUGUAAUUUAUUUUUUUACUUAUCUCGAGAGAGUGGUUGAAGGACAGAUUAAACACAUUUAAAACUUAAAUACAAGCAAGUGAUUGUCAGAACCUGUCCAGAAUCUAAGGUUUCUGAGGUUUAAAGUAAUUCCUCCACUUUGGCAGAUACAUCUGGGAAUGUCUACCCGAGUUCCCAGUGCAUACUCAAACACACAUACAUUAUAGGGAAAUCUGUAAAAAAAAAAAAAAAAAAAAGCAAGAUUAACGGGGAGAAACGAUCCUGGUCUGAUUUGGUCCAGUUCUGACAGGCUCUUACUUACAGCUGCUGACUUCUUUUUAAUGUGCCAAGUAGAGAGUUAACUGCAUUUCCAGUUAGAUUUGAGAUUUUUCCCACAGAAAUUGUUGCAGAGGUGUGGGAAUACUCAGGUGUUUACCUGUAUCCCAUGGAGCCUAUGUAUUAUGCAGCCAUCCUCAUGUUUACAAGAUGUUUACCUAACCACUUGUUGCUCACUCAUGUGGACAAGAUAAAAACUAACCUGAAACCCUUUUCUGCCCCUAUUAUGAGGCUGUCUAAGCAUUUAGAUCAUUAGGGUUGUGUACAGUUGUCCAUAUUGGUGUUGAUGAACAGAAAUGAUAGCUUUCCAAUCUCUGCACGGACGGCAGUCUCAGGUUCCUUAAAGAUCCGAUUGAGCCCUUUAUCUCUAAUCUCCUGACAUCUAUACCACAAAGGAUGUGAUACAUCUUCAGGGUCCUUCAGUUAAAAGUCCAUGGGUACAUACUGCAUAUUUACGUGUUCACUGGUCAAUAGUUACAGUACAUCCUAAAUUGUAGGAGAACUACUGUAGGACAUUUCCGUAGGCAUUUUUUGUUGACAAGAAGCGUGGAUGACUUUGUUUUGUUAUGUAAUCAUCUGGUUUAUUGUCAGGACGUUCAUAGAGAUCAGAAGGUGGUGUGCAGUUUUGUAAUUUUCUUUACCACAUAGAGUAAUAAAUAUGGAAACAUAUCUACCUGUCUGUGUUGGAACAGAUUCACAUGACUGACAAAACCUAACAUCUUAUUUCUCUUCUGCAAACCAACAAAGUUAGUUUUUUGUGAAUGCGCUGGUGGUCUGUUUUAAAUUCCUUCACAAUGAUUUCCAAAGGCAGUAAGCUGCAAAUGGGCCUGACUAACAUCCAGGUGUCUCAGUAUGAAGAGUCUUGCUGGACUUCAGCUGUUAUUUCACAGUAUAUGGGGUUGGAUUGUAUUUACUAUUUUCAGUAAAAAGCACAUUUGACGCUAAAGUCACACUUCUGCACAACUUCAAUCCUUUGUAGUGAUGCCAUCAGGGGAAUGUCGAAACUUAGAUGUGUGUUUAAUAGUCACAUGGUCACAGAGGUUGAUGACCCUGAUUCAAGUCUGCAGGAGGUUUGCAAAGCAUUGGUUAACUGCUUUGUGUCCUUAUAACUGCAGGCUGUGACAGGUUUUGUUGAAAUGGUGUCAUUUAGGAAAUUGGUGCGUACCUACGGCUUAGACAAAAGUCAUAUUUUCAGAUUAAGUGAAAGGCCCCCUUAAAACCUAAUUUUGUUGUCAGGAAUGUGUCAUAUUAAGGUGACUGGUGAGCAUAAUGGGCCAUAGCAGCUAGGCUUGAAGUAAAGAGAAGGGGUUUGUCAUACAUAUACAGUUCCAUGCAAAAGUAUUCAUACUCCCUGAGACUUUUCACAUCAAACUUCAAUGUCUUAUUGGGAUUGUCGGUGAUAGACAAACAUAAAUAAGUCAUCGUGAACUGGAAGAGAAGGGAUGCACCGUUUUCAAAUUUGUAUUUUAAACGCUUAUAUUUUUUCUUCAUUCUUCUUUGCAAAAGAUUGAGUGUAGAGUGUCUGUAUAAAUCAAAUUUCAAGUGUUGCCACAUUUUCUCAGUUGGAUUUUGGUUUGGACUUUGACUAGGCCAUUUUAUCACAUGCAUAUGCUUUGAUCUAAGCCAUUCCAUUAAAGCUUGAGCUGUAUGAUUAAGAUUGUUGUCCUGCUGGAAGGUGAACUUCCACCUUGGUCUCAAGUUGCUUGCAGCUGCUAACAGGUUUUCCUCCAGGAUUGCCCUGCAUUUGGCUGUAUCCAUUAACUCUGAGCAGCUUCCCUGUUCCUGCUGAAGAAAAACAUCCCCACAGCAUGAUGCUGCCACCAUUGUGUUUCACUGUGCGGAUGGUGGGUUUAGGGUGCAGUGUUGUAUUUUUCCUCCACACAGAGUUUUGCAUGUAAACCAGAGCAUCUUCUCUGGGUUUUUUGAGGUAUCAGACCAAAGGGAGAUUAAUGGAAUUCAGCUUACACUUUUCCUAUUUUUAUUUGUAUAAAGAAAAAGGUGAAAAACACGUAUGACACAAGACGUUUGUGAUAUAAUGCAACAAAAUGUAAAAGUUCAAGUGGUAUGAAUUCUUCUACAAAGACAUGUAUGUUGUAGAUAAUCAGUUCAUUCACAACAUGUUUUUUAUUGUUGUUACAAAUGUGUUUUGUAUUUAUAUGGAAGAUCAGAGCAGACAGUUAGAAGAGACCAGAAACAGAAAAAUCAUGUGAAAACUUUGCUCCACAAUAAGAAAACUCUUAACACCACCAGAAUGCUUUGCAAGUGCUUUUCAAUAUCUGCUGCCUGAUUUAAAUUUAAGUAGUUGUGCAUAUAUUUAAGUUACUUCAUUUUAUUUUGACAAAGAGAAGGCUUACGGCACUGUAGUAAAUGUUGUUUUUUUCUUAGCCUGGAUAUUUUUUUCCUCUUUCUGGAGGAAUUUUGACUGCAAGCCAAUCCAUGUGGAUUUUCACCGGUUGGGUUUGAGCCAGGUCCAGAUGUUCCAUUUGACAAACUGUUUGACUGACCCAUGUAAUACUGUUCCCUCUCUCUGCAAUAACUGACCAAUGGUCUUCCCAGUACAUCCAGCUAAGUUGGCGACUUCUCACUUUUUAACCUCAUAGUCUUCUGUUGCAAAUCAGAAUAAGCUGAAUAGCAAAUUUGUGACCAAAUCUAUUUUAUGGUUGUCUCACUGUGAAAAUUAUGCACAGAUCUUAAUAGAUAAUAAAUAAAAAUAAAAUAAGAUGUUACUCUGUUAAUAUUUGUUUCUUUGAUAGAUUUUGCACUCAUCGGCUGUUUUCAGAUUUGCUUAAAACCGAUAUACUGUAUUAUAACUUAAUUCUGCAGACCUUAUCUUGAAGUGUUCAGAUAUAUGUUGGUGUGAUUGCAUUGUCUUGUGUCAAUAGAUUUGUUUCUGCUGUUAAAUAUUCUGUAAACGUUGAAUGUAAAGAUUUUUUAUUAAACGGAAUGCAUCUGAAA